CGGAAGUGCCUGUUUCCGGUGGCCGCAACAGAAGCCUUGCGGCUCUGCGCGGCCACGUGCGGCGCGUCUGCUCGCUGGCUCCCAACCUGGCCUUGCUCCCCGGGCCUCCGCAGGGGCCGAGGGAGACGGCUGCCGGCACGUCGGCCUGGGCUCCAGGUCCCCCAAAGAGGGACGAAGGCAGGGGCAGGAGGACAGCAUGGGCUGGCUGUGCUGGUAGGAUGAAUGUGUCCCUUCCUUGCACAGCACGGGGCUUUGUUCAACCCUGCAAAACUCGGCAGCCUACUGAAACAGCAACUGGAAAUCAUGGCAUCACUUCGGGAGGAAGCGGGGAAACUUCCUUGCCAGGAGGGUGGUGAAGCCCUGGAACAGGCUAUUGAGAGCACCUACAUUGACAAAAAAUGCACUUUCACUGGAAAUGUGUCUAGUCGUGGUCACAUCCUGUUAGGUGCGGUUACGGAGAUGAAGAUGCAGCGUACCAUUGUCAUCCGCAGGGAUUUCUUGCAUUAUAUCUGCAAGUACAACCGUUUUGAGAAGCGCCACAAGAACAUGCCUGUGCACCUGUCCCCCUGCUUCAGAGCUGUCCAAAUGGGGGAUAUUGUGACCGUUGGAGAAUGUCGCACCCAUCAGCCAGAUUACUGAUUCAACAUCCUCAAAGUCAUAAAGGCGGCUGGCACCAAGAAGCUGUUCCAGAAGUUUUAAAAGCAGCAGAUGGAAAAUAUUCAGAAUGAAUAAAACUUUUCUUAAACCUAAGGAUUUCAUUAACAAAAAGACCAAAACCCACCAGGUUUGGGGAUGCCAACCUCUCUUCGUACCCAUCUGUUUAAACUCAUCUUCCCCUGGUUGCUUGCAUGUCUCCCUGGCCUCCCAGUAUCCCAAGAAUAAAAAUGACAGGCCCCCACUCUCCCGGUAACAAAGUGCCCCUCUGUUGUGCCUGCCCUCGUUCUAGGGACAAGAUACCUUGUAUUUUGUAUGGAGGUUAGAAAGGCAUCUAGCUGGGGUCAUCUAGACCCAGCCCUCUUUCCUGCUUAUGCAGGGGGUCGGACUCGAUGAUCUAUUGAGGUCCCUUCCGACCCUAACAUCUAUGAAUCUAUGAAUACCGAGGAUGGGAGCGAAAAUUUGGAAUUGCAAAAACUUGGAAACACCAAACGAGAAAAGGACGUUCACAGCGUCCAGUUUUCAAACGGCAAGGGUAGCCUCUUGCCAUUGUGUUUGAGCUCAAGCAUUUAAUUGGAGUAGAAAAAUCAGAUCUGAAAGUAAAGGGGUUUUUUUGACACAUUUUACUGGACUAACUACCAGUGGGAGAGAAGUUUGACCAGCUCUCGUGCACACAGCGCCCUUCUUCCUGGCUUUUGGGCUGGGAUUACAGAUGGAAAUCCCUUUUGGGCCACUCUGCACCAUGCCUGUGUAUGGGGAGCUCUCCCAGAUGUUUCUGACCAGAGUCUUGCCCAGCCCAAAGCGCACUUUGCGUGGGCCAGGCUGUCAGCUGACUCCAAAGUGAAAGACUCCAAUGUCUUCUCAGAGUCGAUGAGGCAUUUAGCAGCGACAACUGGGAUGAAGGGAAAAGACUGGCUGACACAAUUUCAAAAAUGUAGAGGAAGGAGUGUAUGGGAUUGCUAUGGAAGUGAGGAAGGUGUGACAUCACUCUCCGAUGCCUAAUAGCACGGUGCAAUACUCCCUAUUCUCCCAUUCACAAAAGAGUAGGACAUUGAGAUCUACAACCAACCCUUGAAACAUUCCCUUUAAGUUCAAAAGGAAGAUGUGUACCCACUAUGCAACAAUUGAUGAUGAUUUCAUAUAGAAAAAAAUAGAUCUAAAGGAGAACAGUGUCAUUAAUACAUGCUCUACAUGUACUAUACUACAUGGGUUCAUUAAUACAUGCUCUACAUGUACUAUACUACAUGGGUACAUCAUCAUCUACUAAGACAGAAAUUCUCUUUCAUGUUAAAAACUUGUAAAUAGGACCGUACUUUUUUAAACAUUUCCCAUUUGAAAUCAGUUAUAAUCAGAAACCUUAGGUGCUCCUUGACAAGCUUCCACGCAUUGCAGUAACUUCUUUACUAGGGGAUUCGACAUCUCAUACAUCACCUCGGUCAAUCUUCAUGUAUCCACAAGGUUUUCUUAUGUUUCUUUUUGUAAUGCUAAAACUAAAUACAGUAAAAUCUUUGUUAUCCAGCAUUUUAGUUACUGGAAAUCCUAUGAAUUGGACUUGCUGGCUGGCUGCCUGGCUGGACGGGGGGUAAAAAGUCACUCUGAGGGUUAGUAGUAGUAAAUUGGGUGAAGAUGCAGCAGGGCAUGGUUAUAGCAGAAACUAGUGCUGUCACUCCUGGCCUGCUGUACUGAUCAGCUAUAGCGGGGACAUCUACAUGAGAUACUUGACUUGAGAUUAGAGUAUAUUAUUGUGCAAUAAUUUAAAACUGGUCAAAAGUUAGUCAACUGCCUGCACAUGCAGAUGCUUACCAGCUUAACCCCAUUUGGGUUGUGGACCGCUCCACCCUCAUCUACCACCAGUGCACCUACACAGGUGAGUGCUCCUACACCUGUCCCAACUGUGGCAAGAGUUUCACCAGGGAUGCUAAUUUUCUCUGAUUAAAAAAAUCCCAGAUUUUCUGAUUUUAAAAAAGUAACCCAAAAUUCACAUUUUUCCGUGAUUA